ACUUGUAGAUGGAACACCUAGCACCCAGACGUGUUUUUCGCAAUUGCGCUAUCACAGCAUACCCACAAAUGGCUGAGUCUCUCAACUUUCGUGAUUUGAAUGUCGUUUUAAGAGAUAAUCCUCACCGCUCUAACCGAACAGAUGAAGAUGGCGAUGAUAUAGACGUGCACCCUGAAGGUGAUAUUGAUUUAUCCACCGCGAGGGGGACUGUUCGAAACCCCAGUAACGUCACAAUGGCGGACAGGGCGGCCCAUCCAGGAAGUACAAUCGUCAUAACGGUUAGAGCGUGUGGCAUUCAUCCAACUGUCCUAGACAUAAGGUGUUCCGAUCAUCUACAAGUACUGCGGCAAACAGGGGACAAUCAGAGGUAACCAUUUUUGUAGUGUCAUAGGUUGAAUUUUCUUCACUUUUUUUUUCAAUGGAAAAAUAACUUAAAAUAUAUUCAAUAUUUUUUUCUAAAGUAAAAAUUCCAAUCUUCAUCCAAGGUUAUUUUGCGCUGUGAAAAUGUCGUACUUUUUGGAUGCAUGCAAAAAAAAAAUGUAUGGACAUUUAGAUAAAAAAUUAUUUGUUUUUAUAGUUUUCUCAAAAAACUACUUCAAAAAGAUACUUCAAAAAGAUACUUCAAAAAGAUACUUCAAAAAGAUACUUCAAAAUUUUAAGUGUGUGGGUGAUGUCGGUAUGGGAGUGAGAUUACUUACUGAUGGACGCUUAAUAGUUAUACUCUAUUGAAGUAUCAAAUCCAACUUGUGUCUGGACAAUACAUUUUCUGCAUUUCAAUCGUGUGUGUAACAACACCACACCAGCGUAGCUCCCAGACGUGCCCUAUGCUCGGCACAACGCCAAAGGAAGCGUCCUGUGAAAUGGUCUAUUUCAGAAAGAGUUGAUCAGAAUUCAUUCUUUUAAAAAUAAGUAACGAUGUUCUGAGGUUUAAGUUUCUAACAUUUAGUUUUGAGAACCAUUCCUAAUCCUAUAGCCCUAACUACCAUUUUUCGCGCCCUUGAACUACAUGAGUUUCUCUCUGACAAUUGUCAAAACGUGUCCGGGAGAUGACCACCCCACAGAAGAUGACCACCCCACAGGAGAUGACCACCCCACAGGAGAUGACCACCCCACAGGAGAUGACCACCCCACAUCUCUCUAACACCAUUUGAAAUCUCUUGAACAUUGACGAAAUUGGAUACAUUGGAAUCUUCAUUCAAAAUUGAACCAAACUUUCGCCUCUCUUAUCCACUCUAUUAUUGGACAAUCGUAAAAUGCUGAAUUUUGUCUUCAGUAAAAGCAUCUCCUAAGACAUGUUCACGUCUGAAACAGCCUGACGUGUGGUUGUUGUUUUAAAGAAAGAAAGAGUGUUCCUCUCAUAAGAAUGUCGCCUACACUCACUUUAUCGCUCACGAACUUUACUCUUCGCAAAGUAAAGAAGAACGACUUUCAUAUUUUGAAAGAAAAUAGUAACGCAGCUUUCUUCGCGCCCAUGAAUUGUACAAGGAAACAAAAAAAAAAUAGGGCUCUACUUUUAAUAUUGCAUUUUUGCAUUUUCACGAUUGUAAAAUUAUUGGAUUUUUGGUUUAAUUGUUAUUAUUUUUUGUUUUGAGGUAGUCGUACCCUUAUGUCAACGCCAUUGAACUAUAUUUCCUGAAUUGGUAAAAGAAAAUGUAGCACCUAUUUUUUCCCGACUGGAUUCCAGAUAUUGUCCUCCACAUCAAAUGUACAGACCCAAUUCCCUGCACCUUAUUGGUGUUUACCGAAGAAUGUCAAUUGAUCAAAUCCACCCUGUCAUUAUUAGGCGUAUCUUGUGCUGUAUGGGGCUAAAUGAAAGAAUUACCCCCCCCCCCACACACACACACACAAUACGUUUUGUAUCCACUGGUUGAUUUUUUUUCUAAUAGUGAAAUAUUUCUCUCUAUUCCAGAGACUCGGCAACAAGACUUCUCUUUGGACAAAAUUUAUAAAUCAUUGUAAAUAAGGAGCAGCAUUCAAAGUUAAGUGAAAACACAGUUAAAACUCUUGACUUUAACGAGCUUCUGCUGUAAAUAAUAUGUAUUUAAUUUAUCUUUUUUAAAAUUUAAAGUUUUCUAUAACGGUGUGAUUCAAGUGAAACGCGCUUUGAAUCCAAUGCCUAAAUGCUCAACAGUAACGUUUGGUGGCUGAAGCCCGGAUGGAGAAGAUACGUUCAGAACAUCACGUCAAGUAGACUCGGAAUACAUUACCGAGUGUUCUUGGACUACUUAUCCAGUUUUUUUCGUUGUGGAUAAGUAGACAAAGCUCCUAUAAAUGAGACCUGUGUGGUGAUUAGUUUGAUCCAUGGAAAGGAUGAUCUAGUCCUGCGAAGUAUAAACCACCGCCUUAUAUGGCGGGCGGAUGACAGAAACAAUUUUUUUUUUUUUAAAUUGUAUGGUCAUCCAUCGUAACAACUAUUCUUACUUAUGCAACAAUAUCAUACAUCCUGCUGAAAAGUCUGUAAUGUCGACAAGACAAGGAAGUCUGAAGUCUUAUAUGGUCUCAAGUGAAUCAUAAAAGAGACCAUAAGUGGCAUGAUUAUUAUUGGAUUAAGCUCAAAGUCAGAGAAGAGAAUGCAAAUGUACAUUAUCCAUAAACUAUAAUCAAUGGCUUAAAUGACCCACUUAUCUCCAUCAAUUACUGAGUUAUCCCCAUCAAAUACCCAGUUAUCUUCACAAUUACCUAGCAUCCCCAUCAAUUACCUAGUAUCCCCAUCAAUUACCUAGUAUCCCCAUCAAUUACCUAGUAUCCCCAUCAAUUACCUAGUAUUCCCGAUCAGUUACUCAGUUAUCUCCACCAAUUACCCAGUUAUCUCCAACAAUUACCCAUUGAAUCUUAAAGAAAUUAAACAGCCUUAACACCAAGUGGUCAUGUGACUGCCUAAAGGACAUUGUGCAGUGAAAUGGAUAUCAUGCCAAACUCUUGUAAGAUACUAUAAUUAUAUUAACAUAGGUAUCUUUUUGGAAAUGGAGUCUACCAACCGGAUGAUGAUCAUCAAAGAAAUGGUUUCAUUUAUUAAAAGAAAGCCACAAACGUUAAC